AUGGCUAUGGACCCAGUGACCUCCUGGCAACCAGCAGAUAUCUUCUCUGCCACCCCCAAGAACCACAAACCCUUCGCCAUCAUCAUCCUAAAUCAAGCCCUGGGUCUACCAGCCUCCGUCUACGCCCGUCUCUGGGCGAGCUCCAUUUUCAAAGUCGCCGCCGACGGUGGCGCGAAUUGCCUGCACGAUCUGAACGCCAAAAAUGGAACAGACCUCAGUGUCGAUGCCGUAAUAGGUGAUCUGGACUCGCUACUUCCUGAGGUCAGGAAACACUGGGAGGAUAUGAGCAUCCCGGUGAUUCAUGACCCGGACCAGUAUUCAACCGACUUCGGGAAAGCUGUCAAGUAUAUCCGAUCCUCGCCUGAUCGAGCGGCUAUAGAUAUCGUGGUUAUUGGCGGCCUAGGAGGGCGUGUAGACCAAGGCAUGGCUACGCUCUCCCACUUAUACACCUUUCAAAAAGAGCCAAAUUAUGUCUCUGGACGGAUGUAUCUACUAUCCAGCGAAAGCAUCACCUUCGUUUUGAAAACGGGUAAGCACCGGAUUAAGGUCAAGGAAAGGUACGAGGGGAUUGAAUUGGGGAGGCACGUGGGCAUUAUUCCGCUGAAAGAGCCGAGUGUGAUAAGUACGCAGGGACUGGAAUGGGAUGUUAAUGAAUGGGGGACGGAGUUCGGGGGACAGAUGAGUACGAGUAAUCAUGUCAAGGAGGAUGAGGUGGAAGUGCAGACGACGAAGGAUGUGUUGUUCACCAUUGACUUGGAUACACCGAACGCGAGUCUAGCUUAG